AAGGUCAAGGUUAUACCAGGAGACCCACCAUGUCUGAACUCCCAAUAUUUUUCGUAGAUGCCUUCACAAAGACUGCCUUCAGUGGAAAUCCGGCGGGUGUAUGCUUGGUGUCCAGCAGCAAUGCGAGUCUCACGGACGAACAAAUGCAGAGGGUUGCUAUGGAGAUGAACAUGCCGGCUACCGGGUUUAUAAUCAGCGACGGGGAUGACGAGAGCUUCAAAACACGUUCUAGGUUUGGCUUGCGAUGGUUCUCUCCAAAGACAGAGCUAAACCUCUGCGGACACGCCACUCUAGGCUCUACUGCUGUCCUGUUCAAGAAGCUGGGUAAUACAUCGAAAGAAAUUUCGUUUGACAUUUCGAGUGGAACGUUAAGAGUGAGCUGUCAGGAUAACCUUUUCUGGAUGGACUUCCCUCUGAAUACCUCUCACAAACAGGACAGAGAGGAGGUGGAGAACCUGCUUACGGCGGUUGUGGACACAUCACUCAUACAAGAUGUGGAAUACUGCCCCUCCAUCAACAGGCUUCUGGUCAGAUUAUCAGACUCAUGCACAAGGUCCGAGAUGGAGAGCAUCCAGCCCCAGAUACCCCGUAUGGUGGAGAGUGAGAGCACGGGCAAAGUGAGGGGUGUCAUCAUCACACUGAGGGGGUCACAGUCUAACGGAGCUGUGGACGCUGAGGGGAGGGGUUACGACUUUGUGUCCAGGUACUUCGCCCCAUGGGUUGGAAUACCGGAGGAUCACGUGACAGGGUCAGCCCACACAGUACUGGCCAGCUAUUGGUCACGGCAGUUGGACAAAAACGAGUUUUAUGCUCACCAGUGCUCCCCCCGGGGUGGGGACAUACACAUGAGGGUGGCGGGGGACCGGGUACACCUGGCCGGGAACGCUGCCAUCAUUAUGACGGGGACACUGAAAAUAUGAUGCAGCCUCGAUCUGCAGGGAAACGACGUGGACGUUACAUGUCACGGAUAUAAUAUACAGUCAGAUAUAUCGAACAGUAAUUCCGUUUUGUGUUAUAUAUUUUAAUUAAAUAUACUCAUGACUGGUAAUGAAAAAAUUGUCAUUAGUAAUUUUUUGCUUAUAUUAUUUUUAGAGAAUGUUGUGUCAUGUAACUGAAAUUAUGAUCGAUCUAAAUACACUACACCCUCCUACCUUUAUGAAUUACUUAAAAACUAUCAAAGAUAUGUUAGAAGGUAUUAGUUUACAAGAAAGCUUCACAACACUGCUGUAUGCAGAUCACGAAAAUAAAUGUCUCAAAUGCAUUCAUAUUUAGAUGAAAUGCAUCGUUUUCAGAAGAGUUAAAUUGUCCUAUUUUCGCCCAUGCCGAAAUAGACCAAUAACAGUGAUUUAAACGUCCAAAAGA